AUGAACAAUAAGUUAAUUUAACAGGGUAUAAAUUUAAUGGAGUAACACCAUUUUAGUUUAAUUAAAAGAUUCCGAUUAUUAUUUCAAAUAAAUUAGAAAAAUUAAAUCCUGAAUUUUUUUUUUUAGGAGGAGGUCAUGAAGAUUUAAAAUUAAGUAUAUUUUUAAAAAGAAAUAAAACAAGAUUUUUUUGUUUAAAUUAAAUAUAAAAAAAAAGGAAUUGGAUUUAAAGAAUUUAUAGAAAAAAAUGAAUAUGAUGUAUAUAUUUAUGAUAUAGCAGAUUAUUUAAAAACUGAAGACAUUAAUAUUUAAGUUUGA